CCAAAAGUCAAAUACCUGUACGCCAUAUUGAAAGUUCUAAGUGGGAAGUCGGUCAAACGCUGACCCUAUUAGUUAUUUCUAUUUAUUGAGUGACGAUAUUAAUUUAAAAAGUUAUUCUAAAAUUUUCUUACAUAUUUAGUGAUAUAUUUGUUGUAAUUUGAACUCAAACAAGUGCGUUUAUACAAUUUGCAAUUCGCCUAAUGAAUACGUCACAGCGCCAUGUUGUAUUCCUGCGCUGAUUGCAGGCACGAGAAAUCUGCCAACCCGUUUAUUUUCCGGGAUUAGUUCCCGAGAAUAAAUCGAACUGCGAUUUUGUACUCAAAUAUAUUUUAAUUUAUAUUUGUUGGCAAAUGUCAAACAACUUUAGUGGAAUAGAUGCAUCCCUGUCAUCGCAUUUUAAGUGCUAAUUCCUAAAACUACUGCAUUUUUGUGCAUCCGCGAAAGUUGAAAGGACUGUGUUGUAAAAGAAAGAAGUGACAAUUAGCCAAAAUUCCGGUCCCUACGCGCAGACGAGAAGGUGCCUACCCGCCGGGGCAGUCAGGCGAAGGAGACAUGAACAGUAACAAGCGCAAAAACCGACAAGGACCGCCGAGGUCACCACGAGGGCGCGUGGUGCCAGAAGGCGUGUACAAUAACGCGCACUUCAUGCACGCAGCGACGUCGCACGUCGGCGACAUCGUGCAGGUGCUCACCCAGUCAGGAAGCCUCUGGGAAGGUGUCUUCAAAACAUUUAGCGCUCAAUUUGAGGUUGUAUUAGAAGUGGCUCAUCGCGUGGAUCAAGAAGGCGUGGUGGCGGUUGACUCAGUAGUUGAGAAGCUCAUUUUCAAACCCCAGGAUGUUGUGUCCAUUAGGGCUAAGGAUUCCGACCUCGAAUACGCCACGCAUGACGUUUUCCAAACAGAUAGUGCUAUAUCUAGCAAGUUUAAUGGUGUCGCCGCUGGUAACGGCAGAACUGGUGAAGAACGAUAUUUGGAACCUUGGGACGGCUGCGAUACAGAAGUAGGCGAGACUCCUCAGCUAAACGGAGACGCUCUCCUGGAAGACUUGGAGUUAGACCACCGCGCUAACGGCUGGGACGCCAACGACAUGUUCCGUAAAAACGAAGAGGUCUAUGGGGUGCACAGCACGUACGAUCACUCUUUAGCUGGGUACACACUCCCGCUGCAGCGGAAGGAUACACAGGAUUAUCGGGACGCUGAAGCGAAAGCAGAAGAAAUAGCGGCAGAGAUUGAGAACGCCGCGUCAUCAAAGGCUCGCAUCGAGCUGGAGAACGGAGACGAAGAGGAGAGGUUCGCGGCUGUCGUGCGCCCGCAGGACGGGGCCUCCAGCGCUGGCAAAUACGUCAUUCCCAACAGGAGGAAGAAUAUGCAAACUGGCAAGCUAGUAAAACCCACAACGACAAAUAACGGCGGAUCUCCCCCGAUGGGCGCGGUACGGGCGGGCCCGGGCGCCGGACCGGGUGCCGCGGCGCCGCCGGCCGGCCCCGCGCCCCCUAAGGACAAAGAAACACGCGCACCGCGCCCACACCUCACUCCGCCAGCUGACCGCCGGCAGGAAGAAACGCCACUGAACGUGGCCAACAGUGCGGGCGGCAAGAGCUACGCGGCGCAGGCGGCACAAGGACCCUACCACGUGCCGCCAUUCCCACAUGCACCCCACCAGCCUCCAAAUAAUGCAAAUAAGGUGAACGGUGAGCCGCGGCCUCCGCAUCCCAGGCAGGGAUUCCCACCCCACCAUCACCACAACCCAGUGGGUGGCGGCGAGGCGCACGGUCGCCCCCCGCGGCACGAGCCCCGACAUGAGCCCCGGCACGAGGCGCGGCGCCCCGACGACGGCGUGCAGGACCUGCGCAAGUUCUCGCAGGACUUCAAGCUCAUGCCCGCUCCGCAGCCCCUGCAUACACAGACACAACCACCCAUCAAUGCACAACCACCUAGCCAGCCCCCGCCGGCCCCCAGCCCCCCUGAAGUAUCGGCCAACGCGUGCGCUGCCCCCGACCACAAGCGAGACAGACCCCCCAAGCAACACACACCGCCGGAACACCAUAAGCAGAGUACACCAGCUCCAAAAGGCGAGUCGCCGGCAGUGCAGGAGGAGCGCUCGGCCCCGUCCGCGUCGCCGCCGUCGUCCGCGUCGCCCGGCAUGGACCGCGUCGUCGCCAUCAAGAAGUCCACACUCAACCCCAACGCUAAAGAGUUCAACCCAGCUGCUAAGCCAUUCACUCCUAGAAGCCCCAGUACGCCUAAUCCUAGCCGACCACACACGCCAGGCACGCCUUCAGGCGUGGGUGUGGGCGUCGGAAUGGGCGUGGGUGGUGUAGGCGUGAAUCUGGGAGGCAUGAGCGUGAUGGGUCCGGGCGUGAGCUACGUGCCGGCGCCGGUGCCCCCGCCGGCCAUGCAGUGCUACCCGCAGGUGGCGGCCAUGCCCUACGCCAUGAUGGCCGCCGCCGCCGCCGCCGCGCAGCAGCCCCCCGCCUACCUGCCGCAUCCACACCCUGCUUUGGCAUAUGGAGCGAUGGGAGGCGGCGGCGGAGUCGCCGGCGUCACAGGUGGGGGCGGACAGCCCCCGAUGCAAUCACAACAGCCCAGAAAUUUCCGAAAAGGUUCGGGCAUGCAGGUAGCGGCGGCGACGGGCCAGCCGCUGAUGGCGCCGGCCCCCAUGCAGCAGUUCGUGCCCUACCCACACCCACACCCCGCGCCGCACCCCGCGCAGUCGGCGCUGCAGUAUCCACACAUGGUGCGGAUGUAUCACAGCGGCGUAGGGGGGUCAGUGGGCGCCGUGUCGGGCGUGGGUGGCGUGGGUGCGGGCGGCGCGCUGGGAGGCGGCGAGGUGGGCGGCGUGGGCGCCGGGCAGGUGGGGUACGCGCCCCCGCCCGCGCCCUCCCCCGCCGCCGCCUCCCCCGCGCUCUACCCGCCGCCCUCCCCCGCGCACACGCCGCACCCCCACCCCCACCAGCACCCACACCCGCACCACCACUUUCAGCAACCACCUUUUCAGACGUAUCACCAAGUGCUCUGUCCCAUGAUGGGUCCGGGAGGGUCUGGCGGUCACCACCAUCACCACCACCACGUAGCCUACCUGAACGCACCACCCACCGCCUCGCCGCCGCAGCCACACCCACACUCAAUCCAGGGCGUCCUGCUGCCGCCGAGCCACGGGUCGGGCGCGGGCGCGGGCGCGGGCGGCGGGUCGACGACGCCGGGCGUGGGGUCGGGCGGCAGCCACGGGUAACGCGCGGGCGCGGGCGCGGCCGUGCUGCUGGCGGCGCGACUCACGCGGCUCACGCGCCUCACGCUGCUCACGCGCCUCACGCUGCGUCUGCAGCCGCCCCACCGCCCCGCCUGACUCUCGUUUCCUUGCCUCUACUCGCUUCAUGUUAUUACCAGUGUAAUACCAACUGUCGGAUUUACGUGUAAAUAUUCGACCUAAGCUAUUCGUCGUCACACUUCGAUUUCAGUCGUAUCCGAUAUGUAACAUCACAGUGUUGCGAUUUACGGAGAGUGUUCCCUCACCACCAACUUAGUGCUGUAACAGUGUACGCUAGGACACGGCCUGGAGGUCUCGUUGUGAAAGUAUUGCUGGACGGUAGUUUCCUCGUUUUGCUGCUGGCAGCAUCACAUUUUUUUGCGGUUUUGUAGACAAACAUCAUUCGCAGCUGCGAUAUACAUAUUAAAUUAUUUAUAAAUAAAAAAUCUGACCUGAAUCAACUUUUUUACAGCAACAAAAUUGAAAUUAAAAUUUACAAAAGUGCACUUGUAAAGCUUUUUUGAUGUAAUAUUUGUAACAUAUGUCCUUAGAGACUUGUUUGUGAAGGGAGAGGAGCGCAUGAAACCUCCGAUAUAAGGGUAUCAUGACACAAGCGCCUCCAUCCCCGCUGUAUGUACUGUUACAGUGUGUAAGCAGAACAUUGUUUAUAUUGUUUAUAUCAAAAUUAGCACGUAGACUAGAGGCCUUCAUUUUUUAAACGAGUGUCAUAGUUUGUCGCGGGAUUGCAGAAUACUUUUAGCGCCAUCAAUAAUAUUUGGCGAUAUUCAAGUAUUGCGUUUGUACACGUGACAGAUGUUCCGUGGUCUUACGAUCAGCUGGCUAGUCCCACUGGUGGUAAGGAAACGCGCGUAAAGUGUAUUAUCUAACUUUAAUAAUACAACGUAAAGUAAUAACUUGUAUGCCUUCUUCUUAUCGAUACGUUUAUCGCAAUAAUUGAUGUUUUAAUGUUCUUUCGUAAAAUUUUACUCGGUAUUUUCACGUGGCAACAUAUUUUCGAUUUCUUUUCAAUCGUCGCUAUUAUAAGUGAGUCUCUAGCAAUACGGAAUUUUGUAUAAAAUGUCGAUAGUUUACCCUCAUUGUAAUGUAAAUGAAAGUUGAAUAUUGUGAUAUAAACCAAAGAUAUGUACACAUCUUUAAUAACAUAGUUUCCAACUUAAACGAAUAACAAUCACAAAUAACUGUUAAGACAUUGGUUCGAAUUUUGUAUAAAAAAUAUAACAUUGUCACGUGGAAUCCCGAAUUUGUGAGUUUACUACGAAAUAAUAUGAAUUCUGGCAACACUUUCAAAUUACCUGAAGGUGUUGCCAUUCAAAUGAAAACUGUUUAUAUAUUUUAAUUAGUUUUAGCAUGGCGAGGAAAUAGAAAUGAUGUUGGAUGGUGUGUGGUUGUUGAUAUGUUGUAAGUGUAGAUAGAUCGUCUUGUACGGACGGAGUGAGGGUCGGCGGCGGCCCUAUGUAUUAUAUAAAACUAGAUAAUUCACUCUCUAUCAUAUUUACCGGCUAGAAACAAGAGGGAACUGGCGAAACUGUCCUCUUUAUAUAUCUAUCAAGACACCUCGCCUAGGUGCAAGUCAGUUUUUAUAUAAAAAAGUGUAAAAAAUAUAUCGAACUAAAUAUCAUAAUAAAGUUUGAUACAACUUAGCUUGUAACGUAUUCAUAGAAUUUUAUAUUAAAUAUAUAUAAUUAUGUGAAGGCACGAACAUCGUUUAUCUAAUAAUGCAGUCAGGUUCCUGUUGUAGCCGGUCGGUAACGUUAGUUCCCUCGUUUGUGACGACUAUCGCCAUUCUGAGACAGCGGUCAGUUCGUUAUGUAUUUAUUUAAGUUUAGGGUUAUUAUUGUGAAGGUACCCUCCGCGAUUACAUAACUAAUUCCAAAGUGUCAAUUGCACUUUAAAUAUUAUUAAUUUAUAAAUUGGCAAAUAGUUUUAAAUUUCUUAAUGUGAAUGGUGGGCGGUGUUGCACGCGCCCAUCGAUUUGAUACUGUAACGACUUUCAUUGGACAGUUGAAAGUGAGAUCAAGUGUCGGGACCAUCCUAGAUGCUCAAUGUUUGCUAAGGUAUGAAUUUACUGUCUCACAAGUCAUUAGUUCUAUUUUAUUUUAUACAUUUGCAGCUUUUGAAAAGGCAACGUAAGUACUGUGUAGCUGGGCCGCGGUACGUGGCCGACUCCUUGAGAGUGCUCACCCCAGAUUAUGAUUAUAAAAGAAUCGAUUACUCGUUAAACAUUUUUCUAUUAGCAUAUUUAAUAUGAACGUAGUAACUACGCCUUUUCAGAAAGCACGUGUUAGUGAAACUCAGCCCCUUUGUUGUAGUGUCGUGAACAAACUCAGUGUGUUCCCUGUCUAUAGUCUGUGGACUCCAUCCCUGUAGAGGUCACGGGGUGGAUUGCUAAACAUUUCCCUCGCAAAUCACAUGUUAGGUACAUUUCGUCUCAGCCUCAUUAAUUUUGCCACAUAAAGGCCAGUCUUUAAAUUCGCCAGCAGUUGUAAACUUAUUGUUUUUAUUUGAAUCCCCUUUGUUCAAGCGUGACGGAUACAUUGUGCGAAUCCGAAUGUUCUUGUAUAUAAAAGCGAAGUUGUUCAAGUUUUAUUUAUUUACACCCUUCAUUUAAACCGCCAGCAACUCGGUGCGCGACGAUGAAUGAGACGGACUAUAAUUUUAAACAGAAUCUACAUAUUUUUCUUAUGUAAAAUUUGUAUAAUAGUAUUAUAUAAAAUUACAAUUACAAAUAUAUUAUAAUUUGAACUGAAUAGUUUACCGUGAUAAAGGUAUUUUUGAAAGCCUACCUACCACCCGAUUGUUGUGUAUAUCAUUAUAAUAUUGAUGUUACGAACUGCCGAAACAUCCGGGCUUUCAAUCAUGUCACUGUCACACGUAGUGUUUCAAGGAAUUGUAAAAAAUAUGCGUUACAGACGCGAGUAGGUUUGACAAUAAAAAUAUAAAACUUUGAUAGGUAGGUGUAAGGAUGUUAGGAUUGCAUAUACAUACAUACAUAUAUACGACGAAACUGACACUGUUCACGUAAAUUAAAAGUCAGGUUUGUCAAGUAUAUACUUGUCAUAUUAUGUAUCGUACUCGGUUAUAUCGGUAAGGGUCACAAGAUUUGCACAAUCAGUACGUUUCCUCCCAUAGUUGUAGUUAUUUUUAUCGAUAAGUUUCUGCUUGAAUGGAGGGUCGUUAUACGCUUAAUAAGUGUGGCAUCAAGGGGAGCUAAGUCCAUGACCUCCGCGCGGUGCUCCCUGGGUAGCGCCAAAUGUGGACGAUGACAUUCACAUUAUUUUAUAACAAAUUGAUCAACGGUAACCAUGGAGUGCUGCAGGAUUACUUUCAAACACAAAUUCGAGUUCUUCCUAUUCUUGUGUAUAAGCAUUCCUUUUGUAAAAAUAUAGACAAACCAACUGUAUGUAUCACUCCCAAUGAGUUGCUCUGUUUCUAUGUACACCGCAGUAAAUGAUUUGUAGAUUUAACAUAGACAUAUUUAUAUGAACAGACAGAAUGAAUAUAACCUGUAUAUAGUGUAAAUAUAUUGAUAUAGAGGGGUUACUAGUGACCUUUCCCACAAAACUUCAUUCGUAUUUAUUUUGUGAUGUAUAAAGGUUUUUCGAACAUGUUAACUUGAAAAAAAUCACAAAAAAAAUGUUUUCGGGAAGGGCCUACAAGAUCCGUACCACGUUCGUGACUGUAGAAUGUAAAAUAUUUCUUGAGAACAUGGUAUGGACUCUCGUCUACUGUUUUAUUUUCUUUUUUUUUUCACAUUUUUUUUUCUUGUUUUAAUUUAAAUUUUUAUCGCGUGAGUGAAUCCACCGCGUAAGUUUGUUGCUAAAUGAGAGUUUGAUAAUUAAUAAAAAGAUGUAUGUGCGUGUGUUGAUUGUUGUGCGCCAUAUAAAUAUUAUCGAUAUAUUUUUGUGUGGAGUGCCACGCCUGGUGGCACAGACAUGUUUAUGUUUAGCUAGGAAUAUACCUUUUCUUAUUUUCUCGUCAAAUUUGUACGUGCUUACGAAAAGACGUUCGAGUUCCUUUGGCCACAUAAUAUUAUAAUGGUUGUGGUGUAAAUUUUUAUAAGAUUCUCAUGUUAAGAGCAACGAUAUUCCAAGCGCCGAUGCGAUGGUAACGCACAUUUAUCUAAAACUAUUGAUUUCAGAGGUAUGGACAAUCAGAGAUCUGAUUGUGAAUCGCCAUCCUUAAUGUAAUUAAAAUAAAACGAUCGAGCCGUGAAGGCGGGCGUAAUGUCGUUGAAUCUAGGAUAAAGGAGUAACUCCAUUGUGCCUUUAUCAAUGGUGACAUGUGACUAUCACGACUUGUGUCUACUGAACUGUGACGUAUCAAAGUAAACGGUACUGAUAUUUAUAGAUUGAGUAAAUAGAAGUUGUUCAGACAACACUAGGUCACAUUCCCAAGUCAGUUGAACUCAAUCGGCACUCACUACAUUCCACUAAUAUGCCAUAUCUACUUAUGGAGGUAAACGUUCAAUUAUCCAUUACAGUGUUCACAGUUCUAAUAAUACUAAUGCACAGAUUAGUCUAUUAUUACGAUACCACUUCGCGUUCCGUUGCUGUCUGACGUCACGGGUCUGGACAACUUCUAUUUACAAAUGCUUUGAAGGCAAGUGGCAAUGAUAAUGACGUACUUGUGUUAAUUUCGCGUAAAAUUGACUUUAGUUGGAUAUUCCCUGCUCGGAGGCUGCAGCUAGCCGGGGUCGCACUCGGCACCAACGAUUGCCACUUGACAACUAGCACGACUGACUCAUGGAAUUAUCACUUCAACAUUACACAAAUGAUAAUUUAACGAUUCAGUCCAUAAUGAGAGCAGCUCAUACAUUUUUACCUCGUAUAAGGCACUUUCCUUUGUGUAAAUAUUUGUUACCGACUCAAUGUCGGCGCUGCUGAUUCGUAAAACCAUUGUAUGUAUAGAUAAAUUCUAUGAAAUUGCCUUAUAAAUGUGUGUGUUGGCCCCCAAUGGGGGGAUAUUGUGAGGAUGUUACCAACGUGUACGGACCUACUACUUGGAAGUUACAGAAUGCUAAUUUAAUUAUCUAUUACAGAUAUAUCCGAACACCGCGUUCAUAUUGAGGGUAGCAUUUUGGUAACAUUUCAGUAUAGGAGGUGUAAAUUAUGUAAAGACUGAAGGGAAAUAAUGUGUGCGGAAGGGAGCAGACAUAAUUGUAAAUUGGUUUUUAUAGGAGUUAUAAACAAAGCCUAAAACUCCUCGUAUUGUAUAUUGUAAUUUGUUUGAUGCGGAUCGGUAGAAUUUGACGCUUACACUACGUGAUUAUGUAAAAGCUUUCGAGCUACACAAGGAAUGAGCUGAACUUGAUUAACCGCUAGAAUUGUACUGAUUCAUGUCAAAUUCGAUAUUGUAUAUUGCUGCUUAUUUCCGCUUGGUGAUGAAAGAUUUGAUUUAUGGAAAAAGUGCUUUUUAUUUGUCAGCCCCGCGAGGGGCGUGUAAGCAGGAAUGUGCCAA